AUGGGUGCAGGAGAUCGGCCGAAAGGGUAUUGGGCCCAUAUUGCCCUUAUCGCCUUUCUACCGCUUCUUGUCACCGCUUUCAACGUCGAUACAAAGAACGCUGUCAUCCAUUCAGCGGGCAGCGGUCGUUUCGGUUACUCCCUCGACUUUUAUCAUGAACAAAAAGGAGUCCCAGUAUUGAUAGUCGGAGCGCCAGAGUCUCAAUCGGGUAACCCGGCAUUGAAAGGCAUUCGAACUCCGGGAGCCGUUUUCUCAUGUCCAGUGAACAAGCCCGGUUGUCGAGAAGUUCACAUCGACAAAAAUCAAGGUAAUGAGCGACGCUUGAAUGGAUCACAUCUGGCCGAAAUCGAAGAUAAAGCAUUCCAGCGUUUUGGAGCCACCGUUCGCUCAAAUCGAAAACAUGAUAAAUUGAUGAUGUGCGCUCCAAACUACAAAUAUUUCUUCUCCCGUUUUGAGGUGAUCGAGCCAAUUGGAACGUGUUUCUAUGCCGAGGAUGGCUUCACGAAAACCCAAGAAUUUCCCACUUGUAAACAAGAACCUGCUCGUCAUGGUCGUCAUCGACUUGGAUACGGUCAAUGCGGGUUUUCGGUGGCUCUACCAGAUAAAAUGAAGAGAGGCGAUGAGAGAGCUUUCGUCGCUGGCCCGGGAGUUUGGUAUUGGCAAGGAGCGAUUUUCAGUCAAAGCUUGAGAAACAGCACGGACAAGCCAAACACGGAGAUUGGGCCUGCAUUUUUAGAUCAUGAUAUGAUGGGAUAUUCCACUGCUACCGGUGAUUUUGAUGGAGAUGGGAUUGAUGAUGUGGUUUCUGGAGUGCCUCGAGGAAACGAGCUUAUGGGAAAAUUGGUCUUGUGGACACCGGGACUUCAUCAUUUGAUGAAUCUCACCGAUUCGACCUCUCCACAAACCGGACAAUAUUGUGGACACUCGGUGAUUGUCACCGAUUUGAAUAAAGACGGUCGAGACGACAUUGUGAUGGGUUGCCCAUUCUUCACUGAUUAUGUUUCUGUGAUGGAUGCAAAGACACAAGAAAGAAAACCUCAAUAUGACGUUGGAAAAGUGAUUGUUUUCCUUCAAACUGCUGUGGGUGUCUUCGAGAAACAAGUGGCCAUUGUGGGUGACGAUCAAUGGGGAAGAUUCGGCUUUUCUUUGGCAGCUGCCGGUGAUUUAAAUCAAGAUGGAUACAAUGAUUUCAUCGUUGGAGCACCAUACGCAGGGACGGAGCGUCGUGGAGCCGUUUACGUGAUUCACGGAAGCAAAGACGGCGUUCGAGUAAAGCCCACACAAAAGAUCGAGGCUCACAAAGUGAGACAGGGUAUCUCCACUUUUGGAUACUCCUUGGCCGGAAAUCUUGAUGUUGAUUCAAACGGCAUUCCAGAUCUUGCUGUUGGAGGUUGGAAAAGUGGUCACGCGACAAUCCUUCUCACCAAACCUGUAGUAACGGUCACUGGACAAACUGAUUCGGAUGGAGUGACCUUAAAUAUGGAAGAAAAGAACUGCGAUGUUGGAGACAAGAAAAUGGGACUCCAGACUUGUCGUACGAUUAACACUUGCUUGAAGUACGAGGGUCGAGGAGAGACGCCAAACGAUCUCGAGUUCGUGUUGAGGACCUCGCUUGAUGACCACUCGCCAGAACCAAGAGCUUAUUUCAUUGGCAAAGAAGUGAAAGCCGAUCGUGAGGUGACGAUCCCGGCCGACUCAAAGACCAAAGAUCAUCCAAAUAUCAUUGAAAGAAGAAUCCGUUUGGAGAAAGGUCGACAAAAGUGCUUUAAACAGAGAUUCUUUGCAUCAGACUCAAUGCGAGACAAAUUGACACCAAUUCAUUGGUCUGUCAACUACACUUAUCAGGAAUCUCCAACCGGAAAAUUACGUGGCGGUCAAUUGGAGCCAGCCAUCGACACAACUGUUCCACUUGCUUUUGAAAAUAAGUUGAAUAUUGCAAAUAAUUGUGGAAAAGAUGGAAUCUGUGUUCCCGAUUUGAACGUGCACGCUGUCGCUGAUCGAGCAAAAUUCUUGCUUGGCACCACUGAUAACACAAUGUUGAUCAAUGUUUCUGUGUUCAAUCGAGGAGAGGACGCCUACGAGACAAAGCUUUUCUUCGAUGUCCCCGAAGGUUUCGAAUAUUCCGGUGUGGAAGCGUCAAAAGAUGAAAAACAAACUGCCCCCUCUUGCUCACCAACAUCCGCUCAACCAGACGAAGAUGGAAAAUGGGUGUUCGCCUGUGAACUUGGCAAUCCACUGCCACAGGGAAAAUCAGUGUCAACAACUGUACGCAUCACGGCCAAUCAAGACAAACCACCAUUGAAACCGAUCACAAUUCGAGCUCAUGUCAAUAGCACGAACAAUGAAGAAGAGUCAACAUCAGUUGAUAACAAUGUCGAGUUCACAGUGCCAGUCGAUUUCAAAAACCAAUUAACAUUGGUUGGAAGACCCGAGCCUGAACAAGUUGACUUCUCGAUCAGAAAUCAAACAAAUGAUGAAUUGUUCGAUGACAAUCAAUUAGGACCCGUCGUUUCUCAUAUGUAUCAAGUUUCAAAUCGUGGUCCAUCUGCCAUCGAUUCGGUGACUCUCGACAUUUUCUGGCCGUCUUUCUCGACAGAAGGCAAUCAUUUACUUUACAUCUUGAAAGAGCCAGUUUUGAAUGACGCAACAAAAGGAAGAUGUCGUGUAAAGCAAGCUCAGAACGUGAAUCCAUUGAACUUAAGAAUCACGGAUGAACAUGUUCCCACUCAGCCACCAGUGAAAGAAGAAGAUUAUGCUGAGCAUGACGAUGAAAGAGAAGAGGAUGAUGAUGAUGCCAAGGUUGAAGCACAGCCGGUUCGCGUGCAAUCGCCAGCGGGAGAUCAGCAAACAAGCCGGGUUCAAUCACCGUCAGUAUCACAUGGUCAAUCGACUCCAUCUCGAAAUACUCAAGUUUAUGAGCAGGACUCUUUCCAAGACAAUGCUCCUACUCAACAAACAGUUAGUGGCACACAGUGGACUUAUGAGGCCGACACAACGCAAGAAACAAAAUGGACCUAUGAUGCAAAACCUACACAAAAAGUUGAAUGGGAAUAUAUUCCGGACACUGAUGGAGAAGUCGAAUAUGAUGACGACGAGUAUGAGGAUGAUCGAGAGAACAGUCGAGUGAAAAGACAAGCCGGAGGAGCACAAAAUAAACGAAGAAAGGGACCACAAAAGCCAGCAAAGGAAACGAAAACUGAAGGGACAGCUGGACAACCACCAAGAGAUCGAGCAAGAUUCUCGGACUUGAGGGAAGCUGUGCGUCUCUCGAAAGAUUCUAGUGGAGCCGUUGAUUACACGGGAAUCGUCAGCCGAGCGACUGUGGACUGCAAUCAGCUUCGGUGUACCCAUAUCGAGUGUGAUAUUUUCAAUCUUCGUGAAGGUGAAUUCGUGCUUGUUGAGGUUUUUGCUCGAGUUUUUACGAGAACCCUCGUUGAUGAAAGGACACCUUCUGGAGAAGUCUCAUCCCUUGGAAUUGCUCGCGUCGGCAACACCAAGUUCAACUGGCCGCACAAACCAACAUUAGUCACAGCAGUGACAACUGAUUUAAAUGCGGUGGAUGAAGAGGGAAGCGGAGCUGGUGUCCCAUGGUGGCUUUAUCUCCUCGCCGUUCUCAUCGGACUCGUUAUUCUCGCUCUUAUCAUCCUACUCCUGUGGAGGUGCGGUUUCUUCAAAAGAAAUCGCCCACACGCCGAGCAGGCUGAGCGACGCGCAAACGAUGACACAACUGGUGGACAGUAUGCUGACACAAAAACCAGAUACGCUCCCCAAAGUGACUAUAAUCCAGACUAUCAUGGACAACGGCUU